AUGUAUGUGCUUUUUAAAGACCAGCCCAAGAAGGGGGAUGAAGCAAGUGUUAAGCAUCAAGCAACUCGUCACAAAGAAAAUAAUUCCUCGUCUGAAAAUGUAAUUUGUGAAAAUACAUUAUCCUCCAAAUAUUUCAGAAAAGAAAAUAGAAGAUUUAAACAUAACCUAAACAUUCUUGAUAAACAUACGCCUCUGUCGAAUGUUUUAGGAAAUGCACCUGAACAAAAGCUUGAGCUACCCACAGAAAAACAAAGCGAAUUAGGUAUCUUAAAAAGCAAGAAGAAUAUUGAACCAACGGGUAUUGUAAUAGCAUGCUGUCUUGGAACCGAUUUUCACUUUUCAGCUUUCAUAAAAGAUUUCAAAACGCACAAUAUAAAUAAUGACUUUAUCAAAAUAAAGAAAGUAUACAGUGAAGUAAUAUUUUGUUCUGCCUUUUCCCAAAAAAAAAUUUUUUUUCUGUUUCGUUUUGGUUGUAUUGUGUUGUGGGACUUUAGCAUAAAGGAGAAGGAGAUUUUAUUUAUGAACCUGAAAGACUACCUAAAUGAAGCAUACACAGAAAACAACAAUGAAUUGGAUAGCAUGUUUUAUAUUAUGAACAAAUCAAAUGAAUUAAGUGAUAACAAAAUCACAAAAAAUAUGGAAAGUUGUUCAUUUAAAAUAAAAAAUGACAUCAUAUAUAUUUACACAAAGGAUAUAUUUGAAAAAUUAAGUUAUUCCUACGCAUUUUCUCAGAGCGUAAAGCUAUCUUACUUCGAAAAGGUGGUAGAUGACACCAUUGAUAAGACAAAAAAAAUUCCAGAAUGCUUAGCAAGAACUGGAAAGAUACAGCUAAAGAAAAAUGAUAUAAGCAAGAAAAUUGGGGAACUAUUUGUAAACAGAUUUUAUAUUAACAUGAACACAGAUAUGUUAGACACUCCAGAAAUAUUUUGGGAUCAUGAUGACUUCACCGAUACGUAUGAACACUUUAGAAAAUAUUUAGACAUCUCAAAGAGGGUUGAAAUAUUAAAUCAUAGGCUAGACAUAAUUAAGGAUCUCUAUGACAUGCUGCAAAAUGAGUUAACGAUUCAGCACGGGUAUAAACUCGAGUGGAUUGUGAUUUACCUCAUAUGCAUAGAAGUUAUUAUAGACAUUGUAUGGACGAUCAUUAUUAAGGGUGUUUUCAAAUGGGGAUGA